GACAAUGUAAUUUUCUCCAAGAGUAGCACAAAGAUGGGACGCACUCUAACUCUUCCAUGGAUUAAUGUACAACAGUAUUAGAGGACUACCCUAAAGCAACAUGUCUUUGAACCGGGUCCAUACAACAGACCAGGAGCAGUCUGCAGAGUACUCAGUUGAGUAUUCAGUGCAGGUUCCUAGUGACCCGGGUCAUGGAGCGGGUCGAACCCGUGAAGUGACCGUGGUCCAGUCCAACUGCUGCCGCUGCCUGCCGCGCGCAGUGCGCCUCACUUUUACACCUGAUUCGCUGGAGAGAAUCUAUCAGAACUACUUCCGUCGACAGAGACAAGAGAACAUGGCGGUGCUGGUGAUGUUUGCCGCUCUUUUUAACAGCUUCAUCAUCAUCAUGUGUGCUGUGGUGUACACUCAGGACAAAAUGGCGAUGGUGGUGGUGGCAGCUGUGGGGCUGGCUGCGGAUAUUGUGCUCUAUGUUCUCUGCUGGCGACAGAAGCUCCCUGCAUCACCGGUCUCACGAGGAGCGGUACCAUACAUACUGUGGCUGAUGGUCACUGUCCACAUUUUGUGCUACAUGGGUCUGAACUACGAGCUCUUCCCCCAGGCCUGUGACUCUGUGGGCUGGCAGGCUUUUUUCAGUUUCUCCGGCUUUCUCACUCUCCCGCUGAACGUGGUUGCGCUGCUCCUGCUUACAGCCCUCUCCUGUGGGGUGCACACCCUGGUACUGGGGGUGACCGUGGCUCAGAGGUUUGAGGAGGACCUGCAGGGGCCCUUGCUGGUGAGACAGCUCUUUGCCAACAUGAUGCUGUUCCUGUGCUCAGCCACGGUGGGCGUGGUGUCGUACUACAUGGCCGACAGGAAGUACAGGACUGCUUUUUUAGAGGCCCGUCAGUCACUGGAGGUCAAACUCACACUGGAGGAGCAGAGCACCCAGCAGGAGGAACUAUUGUUGUCCAUCCUUCCCAAACACAUCGCUGACGAGAUGCUGCAGGGCAUGAAGAACCAGGCCAAUCAGAACGAGGUCCAACAGCGGCAGCAGCAGUUCAACACCAUGUACAUGUACCGCCACGAAAACGUCAGUAUCCUGUUUGCUGACAUAGUGGGCUUCACCCAGCUGUCCUCAGCCUGUAGCGCCCAGGAGCUCGUAAAGCUUCUUAAUGAACUGUUUGCCCGCUUCGAUAAACUGGCAGAAGAACAUCACCAACUGAGGAUAAAGAUUCUCGGAGACUGUUACUAUUGCAUUUGUGGUCUUCCUGACUUUAGAGAUGACCACGCUGCCUGCUCCAUAAUGAUGGGCCUAGCAAUGGUAGAAGCCAUCUCGUACGUGCGAGAGAAGACAAAAACUGAUGUGGACAUGCGCGUUGGCGUUCACACAGGCACCGUGCUGGGAGGCGUGCUUGGGCAGAAGAGGUGGCAGUUUGACGUCUGGUCCACAGAUGUCACUGUAGCCAAUAAAAUGGAAUCUGGGGGGAUUCCUGGGAGGGUGCAUAUUUCCCAGACCACCAAGGACAGUCUGCAUGGAGAAUUUGAACUGGAGCCAGGGCAAGGCGGAGAGAGGUGCGAGUACCUGCUGGAGAAAGGCAUCGAGACUUACUUGGUACUAGUGUCUAAACAGAUGGCAAAUGGGCUCAGUGGAAAUAAACCAGGUACAUUGUCCAACAGAAAUUCAAACCAGUUGAUCAACACUACAGCAACCAAUGGGAACGCAGCAUCACCCCAAUCCACGCCCACUGAGUCUAAACAGGAGAGGAUUAGGAUCAUCGAAGAACAAGUGAUAAACAGACGUCUGCAGCAGGAGCUGCUGGAGAGAGAAACUCAGCAGAUAAUGAAGUAUCACAAGAUAAACUCAGUGUCAUUGCGUUUUGUGGAUGGGAAGUUGGAGGACCACUAUUCUUCAGAGAAGGAGAGGCGAAGCGGAGUGGCCUUCUGCUCCUGCAUCAUAGUGCUCUUCUUCAUUACAGCAAUGGAGGUGUUCAUAGACCCACUGUUGGUUGUGAACUAUGUGACUCUCGCAAUAGGGGAGGUAUUGUUGCUUAUCCUCGCACUGUGCUCCCUGGCUGCCAGCUUCCCCAGGAUGUUCCCCAACAGGUUGGUGUCUUUCUCCGUUUGGAUUGAUCGUACACGGUGGGCCAGAAACACAUGGGCCAUGGCGGCCAUAUUUGUUCUUACCAUGGCUGUGAUUGCUGACAUGCUGAGCUGUGUUCCACCGUCCAUUCGAGUCUAUAACGACACCUCCGGCCCCACGUUGGAGUCAUUUGGUGACCGAGGCUGUGCAGAAAACCCAAAGUACUACAGCUUCAUGGCUGUGAUGUCACUCAUCGCCACCGCCAUGUUGGUACAGGUCAGCCACCUGAUUAAACUGGGCCUUAUGGUGCUGGUCGUCACAGCAACUGGAGCUGUUAAUAUCUACAGCUGGCAGGACAUCUAUGACCUGUAUGACUACAUACAGUUUGGCUCAUACAGAAAAACCAUAGUUCCAUCCAAGUACCUCAUGACCAUGAUGAUCAUCGUCAUGAUGAUUGCUUUCUACGUCUUUGCCCGCCAUUUGGAGCAUCAGUCCAGGAAGUUGUUCCUGUGGAAAAUCGGUGUGCAUGACCAGAAGGAGAGGGUGUUUGAGAUGAGACGCUGGAACGAAGCGCUGGUCACCAACAUGCUGCCGGAGCAUGUGGCCAAACACUUCCUGGGCUCAAAGAAGAGAGAUGAGGAUCUGUACAGCCAGUCUUACAAUGAAAUAGGUGUGAUGUUUGCUUCCAUCCCCAACUUUUCUGACUUCUACACUGAAGAGAGCAUCAACAAUGGAGGCCUCGAGUGUCUCAGGAUCCUAAAUGAAAUUAUCUCAGACUUUGACAGCUUACUGGAUAGGGACGAGUUCCGCUGCAUCACAAAGAUCAAGACAAUAGGAAGCACCUACAUGGCCGCAUCAGGACUCACCCCAGAGAGCAACACAAAUGAGUACAGCAACCGCAAGCCGGAGGACCAGUCGUCAAUUGAGCGCUGGCAGCACCUCUCUGAACUGGCAGACUUUGCCUUGGCAAUGAAAGUCACCCUCAACAACCUCAACAAACAAUCCUUCAACAACUUCAUGCUCCGAAUCGGUCUGAAUAAGGGGGGAGUUUUGGCUGGAGUGAUUGGAGCUCGUAAACCUCACUAUGACAUCUGGGGCAACACAGUGAAUGUAGCCAGCAGGAUGGAGUCCACCGGAGUGAUGGGAAACAUCCAGGUGGUAGAGGACUGCUACGACAUUCUAAAGGAGUAUGGUUUCCGCUUUAUCCGAAGAGGGCCCAUAUUUGUCAAAGGGAAAGGAGAGCUGCUAACCUUCUUCAUGAAAGGAAAAGACAAACCCAGUCACACUGACGGUCCAGUGACCACUGCCCUUCCAAACCAAGUUGAGGGGCUUUAAAUAUUUUCACCCGCGAACAGCUGUUAACACGAGGAUAAGCCUGCAUGUCCACUCUGCUCAAUAUCUCUCAUAUACACAAGCUACUGACAUAGAUCUUUUUUUAUCAGCUCUGUAGCAAUGUAAAGCAUCUGUCAGGUAAUUUACAAUGGAAUUAAAUAACACAAAGUGAUUCUGUAUAGUUGUAGAUAAUUCAGGGAAACAGUUGACAGUCUCAUGGAACUCCUGCAUUACAGAUUUUAUCAAUUUGCACUUGAGUCUUAAAGUCUAUAAAUUAAUUACCUUUGUUGUUUUACCUUGACCAUG